GUUUUCGGGAGGGCGUUCCUCUGAGGACUCGGUCAGCGCCACGGUUCUCUCGGUCCAUCGUCUCACCCAUAUCUGAGAAUCUUUUUCCCGGUCGUAAAGCCUCCUCUCGGCCACUCUGUGCUCGGAUCCGCGGUGUGGCUCGUGGUGUGGGCCCGUGAGCCUUUCUCCAGCCCCGGAGGGAGGUGUGAGCCCCGGGCCGAGGAGCAGGCCGCAGACAUGGAGGCCUGCAGCAGGACGUGAGGGAUAAACCUUUAGUUCUUCGAGAUGGACAUGCCACCUUUGUAUUUGCCUAUUAAGAAGAAGAGUAUCCAAUGUCCAGUUGUUCAAGAGACCCAUAGAAUCUGUGAUAUGAAGAAUGACGGUCCAAUGAAUCAAAUGAACGGAACAAAAAGAUUUGAGGCCCAUCCGAGGGUCCCGUUAACGACCAUUGAUUACCCAUCCACCAGCUGCUCUGUGAUGUCAUCCGCCCCAUUGUCCAAUGGCGCGGCUCCUGGUUUCAUGAUCCCGCCUCCUCCUUUAGUGCUCCAGAGCUCCGGACCUCACAGGGACCCAGGCUGGAACUGUACCCAGGAUCGGAGUUCUGACCCCUGGGCUCCCGGGAGAGAGGUCUGGGGUGGCCGGAAGGUCCCUGCCUGGGGGUCCAACAGAGACGGAGACACAGGAAGACAAGGAUUUGGAACAGAUUUUCAGCCCCAACCAGGACCAAGCACUGGACCGGGACUAGACCCAGGCCUCCAGGCAGGACCAGACCGAGGAUGGACACCUGCCCCAGAACGAGAGGAGCGCUGGAGGGAGCCACAGUGGAGCAACAGACCUCCCGUCAUCAGCAACGGUCCCAAUGCGGCUGUUGCUGGACCCUCCUCUGCUCCCACCCCAGGGCCAUCCGGAGUCCAAUCCAGUCCAGAGCCCAAACCCUCCCCUGUUCUGGGGAGGAAGGAGCCCCCUGUAUACCCGCCAGGGAGCCAGGAGGAGCAGUGGCAGACCCAGAUCUCAGCCAAAGGUCGAGUCACGUGUCCUCGGUGUAAAAGUGUCAGCCGAAAAACAGUGGAGGGACUGAAGAAGCACAUGGACAACUGCCGAGCGGAGCCGUACACUUGUCCUCACUGCGGCAAACAGCUCAAGACCAACACAGGGAUGAAGUACCACAUCAUGGCCGACCACAGUCUCCUGCCUUCAUCGGACGCCAAAGACAUGGACGACCGAGCCACGAAAGACAAACUGAGGAAAAUUCUGAAGAGGCUGGGCAAACUCAAAUGCUCCAGAGAGGGCUGUGGCGCGGGCUUCACCAGUGUCAUGGGGUAUCUGUACCACAUGAGGACCUGUGGGAAACAGCAGGAUGAGCUGGAGAAGCUGGUGCUCAGCUGCUCUCACUGUGGAAAGAACUACAGGUCCAAGGCCGGACUCGAGUACCACAUCCGCAACGAGCAUGCUCCGGCUCCGGAGGAUUUGGAGCCGCACACCCAACCUCUCGACGAUGUGUCCCCAGAGACAUCAGCCUGUGGUCGAGCAAAGAGGGCCUCGGCACAGGCCGCCAACAUCCAGAUGGCCCAAAUCGCCCAGAACGAACUUCCCAAGGACUGGGGCAAGAGGAAGUUCCAGUCAGACCUGGUGCCAGAGGACCACAAGCUGCAGUACACGCGCCCUGGUCUGCCCUCCUUCAGUCAGGAUGUUCUGAAGAAAUGGAGGAGCGAGGUUAAAAUGUACCGGAAAGUCCAGUGUCCGAACCCGGGCUGUGGCUGUACCUACACCAGUGUGUCCGGACUCAAGGCCCAUCUGGGACUUUGCACCAAGGGGGAUUUUGCGGCUGGGAAAUAUCGCUGUCUGAUCUGCAGCAAAGAGUUUAAUUCAGAGAGUGGAGUCAAAUACCACAUCAACUCUGUCCACUCACAGGAAUGGUUUGUCACGAACAAAAAACACUUAAAAACCGCUCCUAAAGAUUGCCCUCAUUCUUUUGACCUUCAUCACCACCAUCACCAGCAGCAGCAACGGCAUGUCCACACUCCCUGCCCACACCAAAUGCAACCGCUGCCUCCUCUACACCACAUUGCCGCCCAAACUCACCAAAACCACCAAAUCUACAACGAAAAUGUGCCACAUCGCCACGGGGACACCAGGAGCCACCAUCACCACCACCGCGGGCCUGAGUUGUACACGCCCAUGCAACCCCACACGUCCCGUAGCUCGGAUCAGGUGAGGCAGGAUCAGGUGCGACAGGAUCAGGUGCGACAGGAUCAAGUGCGGCAGGAUCAGGUGCGGCAGGAUCAGGUGCGGCAGGAUCAGGUGCGGCAGGAUCAGGGGCGACAGGAGCAGGGGCGGCAGGGUGGAGCGGCCAGGUGCGGGUUCGAGUACGGAGGGCUGCGUGGCGAGAGCAGAGGGGAGGGGCCCAGCGGGUUUACUCUGGAGAUGGAGCGUCAAAUCUGGGAUGAGAAAAGGCGAAUGCUGGAGUCUGUGGAGAUCGUGAGGAGACAGCCAACCUAAAACAUUGUGAUGUGUCAUUUAAAGGUCCUGUAUCAUGCAGAAUUGACACCUGGGAGAUUUUAACCACUCCCUCAGAAACAGACCUGGAGUUAUUUUGUUUCAUUCACAUUACUGGGCUGUAUGGCAAGGCAACUGUAUUUGUAUAGCACAAUUCAUACACAAGGUAAUUCAAAGUGCUUUGCAGAAUAGAAAAAGACAUUAAAAUCACAAUACAAUGUAUCAAAACAUAAAUAAUCACAAUUAAGCAUCAUAAAAUUAACAUUAAAGGAGAAAAGUGCAGAACAAAACCCUUUCAGUCGUAUGCACAGCUAAAUACAACUGUUUUGAGCCUGGAUUUAAACAUUGUCAAAGUAGAGGCCUGUUUCACAUCUUCAGGAAAACUGUUCCAGGUUUUAGCUGCAGAAAACUGAAACACUGAUUCUCUAUGUUUAGUCCUGACUCUGGGCACAAGCAGGAGGCCGGUCCCUAAAGUCCUCAGAGUAUGAGACGUUUCAUGGCUCGUGGCUCUAACAUGUGGGAGAUGUACUUUGGUGCUGGUCCAUGCAGAGACUUGUUCACAAACAGAGCUGCUUUAAAGUCUAUUCUCUGAGCCACAAGAAGCCAGUGCAGAGACCUGAGCACAGGUCUCUGCACUGGUAGUGUGAAGUACUUCCUGGUUCUAGUCAGCACCUGGGCAACAGCGUUCUGGAUGUACUGCAGCUCCCAAGUUCAAAAUGCUCCAUUCCACCUUGUGAGUCAUGUAGUGGUAGUUUACCUUUUGUUCUGUAGAGAUUGGCAAAUGACUCUAGUGAUGGUGUAGAGUUUUAAAUCAGUGGUGCAUUUCCUGUAUUGCCACUCACUGACAUCACAAGGUGUAGUGUUUUCUGUGAUCUCGGUCUAAAUAUGCAGUUAAAUGUGUGAAUGAAACAAAACACAACUCCAGGUAUAUUUUUGAUGAGAAACAUUCUAACGGACUAGAAAAUAGCGUAAUAUAGGCCCUUUAAAGGUGCAUUAUGUAACUUUUCUGGAGGGAGAGUCUGUUACCUGGUGAUGGUGCAGUUUUGCCCCUCUCUGGCCCAGCCAGCUGAGAGUCUAAUACAAAGGCUGCACAUUGAAAUGAAAUGUAAUUAUUUUGAAUACUUUUUGAUUCCUGAAAAUUGGACUCCCAGGCCGCCCAGUUAUUUCUGUGUGGAGUUUGCAUGUUUCACCCCUUGUCUGGGUGGUUUUCCUUUGGGCAUUCCAGUUUCCCUCAUCAUCCCCAAACAUGCACAACAGGUCAGAUCCUCAGGCUGAGGCAGUCAUGACCAAGACUAGCUCAAGACCUGGAGAUGGGUCCCACUGCUCCUGACAGGUUUAACCCAGUUUAAUGCCAUACUGUGGAACAUUCCAGGCAAAGCAAUAGCAUCUCCAUGGAGACAAGCAGGAAACAGACCCUCUACCAAAAAAGUUACAUAAUGCAACUUUAACGGUGACUGCAGCAUAACAUUGUAAAGGGCCAAUACGAGAUGGGUUCAAACGCGGAUGAAGAGUUGAUUUGGAAAAAAAACAGGUAGAUCAGUAUUUUGUAUCUUUUUUCCAACAUUCACAGAUAGUGUCCAUAAAAAAAUGUGGAUUGAUCAAAGAAGAAUGGGGUAACUGUUAUAACAAUAAUAAUAAUAAUAAUAAUAAUAAUUACAAUUACAAUAAUUACAAAAGAAAACAGAUUAAGCUAUUGAAAACUCUGUAUUUCCAAAUGAACUCUUCAGAUGUGUUGACCUGGUUUAUGGUCAAUAUCUCUGUAAUUACUAGGCCUAUCCACAGAAAACAAAGCAAAACUACUUUUGUGGACCCAAUUCCCAACUUAAAUAAUUGAAUUUGUCAGUUUAGGGAAUUCUUUAAACAUUGUUGACUCCCCAUAGAGUAAUAUCCAUCCCUGCCCUGCAUCUGGAAAUGUAUUUUACUAUUUUUUCCUUCAACUCUGUUUCUCAAAUUUUACACUUUCUACCAAAAAAAGCCAAUUUUAGCGUCCACAAACUAAGGAAGCUGUAUGUCUUAGGCCAGAAUUGUACUUAUGAAUACCAGAGACUGUUAGCUGUCAAAUUCGUAGUUCUUUUAUUGUUGUAUAGUGUCUUCACUUGUUGACUUUUCUAACUCUGUCCCAGAUGUGCUUUGGUAGACAAUUGUUGUUCAUGUUUUAAAUGUUUAAAUUAGUAAAGGUUGACAUAUGCAUUUGUCUAA